CCACUCCAACACACCACAUAUGUUUGCUGCGUCGCGAUUUCUCUUAGCGGAGAACUGCUCGCGAGUGGAGACUUUGAUGGGCAUCUUCAGCUGUUGUCCAUCGAGAACACAAUUUCUACAGCAUUCGCGAUGGAUUCCUCAUACUUUGUGCAUCGCAGUAAGGUGAGGUUGAGCCAGAACCUCCAUACGGAGGCUCUUUCGGACGCAAACAAGGUCAUUGAGCUCAACCCUUCGUCUCAUCUUGGAUACGAAUUGAAGUAUAAAGCGCUUCGUAUCGCACAUCGUCAUGAUGAUGCAUCGGAGGCUUUCACAGUCAUGUUCUAUAAGAUGAAUAACGCACACGAUCCAUGGAUACAACAGCUAGGUCAGCAACACCGCCGUCAAUAUGAAGUAGAAAGUGCUAUUCGGAAAGUCAUCGAAGCCCAACUGAAAAAGGCUCCACUUCGUCUAAUCAACACCUCUACUGGACGUUUGUGCGAUCAGGGUGUGCGGAUCGACGCAUUCAUAGAGAGUACAGAGUACGAAGAGUUGACUUCAUUGGGCAUGCAUGGGUCCCUCCAAACGGAGCUCAUCAAAGAAACGGUCGCGAAGUACUUCAGUUGGGUUAUGUUGUCCCAUAGGUGGGGAGCCAAGGAGCCACUACUACAUGAUAUUCAAGGCAGGGAUAUAUACGACUUGGAUCCGGUCGGAACCAUGGUGAAGUUGCAGAAGUUCUGCAAAGUCGCUCACGUUGCAGGACAUCGUUGGGCGUGGAGCGACACAUGCUGCAUCGACCAGUAAAACAAUGCUGAGCUCCAAGAAUCAGUCAUUUCCAUGUUUAUCUGGUAUCGGGACUCAGCGCUCACCAUCGUCUACCUAUCGGAUGUCCCGUCUCUGUCACUCGCAAACAGCACUUGGAACACGCGAGGAUGGACCGUUCAGGAGUUCCUCGCUCCUAGAAUCAUUCUUUUCUACCAAGCAGAUUGGACCCCAUAUCUCGACGACCGCUCAUGCAACCACAAGCAGUCUGACUAUAUCAUUGAUGAGUUGAAGUGUUCAACUGGUAUAAAUGCGCGGGCGCUCGUCGACUUCCAUCCAGGUACAAGAGAUAGCCGAGAGAAACUCCGAUGGGCGUCAAACCGUAAAACCACGAGGAGGAAGACAUCGCCUACUCUUU